CCUGCACGCACCGGAGGAUAACCAAAAUGGGAAAAAUUAUCUUUGUCACUCUUUGCUGCAUCGCAGUGGUCUACGGACACGGAGAAAGCGAGACCCAUGUUUCAAGAGAACACCAAGGGGAAUACAAAUUCGGUGUCGACCACCAUUUCCACGGGCACUGGAAAGGUUCUUCUCAUCCACACGGAUUCGCCGGUUUGGGCGACGGUCACGGAGACUACAAAGGUGCCGAUGUGAAAUUCGUCCACUUCCUUCCUCAGAGCCUCCACGGAGGACAUGGAGGACAGGGUGGUGAAGGAGGACAAGGAGGUAGCGGUGGCGGCGAAGGCAAAGAAGGCGGAGAAGGUGGCAAACACCUCGGUCAUGGCACCAGCUACACCAACUUCAACAUGAAAUCGGUUGUAGAAAAACAUCAUGGAAAGUGGUGAUUUAAAAAUCGAAAUCCUCAAUUCGCUGUUCAAUGGUUGUCAUUACAAAUAAACAGUCGUUUCCCUUUUAA